AUGAAUAUGUUAGAUGAUGAUGAUGACCAAAGCUUUCACGCUACGCGUGACAGCUACUCCCAUUUGAGCGGUGUCGAAUGGGAUGCGGUUGAACGGAUGGGUUCAACCGUGGGCAUCCAUGCUGUUAGCGUCAUGCUAGAGGCUCUCAAUAGAGAUGCCCAACAUGCUACUAUCGCCAAGUUCAUUCAAAAUGAACUUGACGCCGAACGCGAGAAAGUAGCCUUGCUUUACCAACAAGGUUCUCAACAAGCAGAGUUGUUGAGAGAACAGGGUGCUCAACAGUUUGAACUGUUGAGACAGCAGCAGGCUGCUGCUGGCGGGUCGAUGCACUCGCGUCGACCCGAGACUUUGAAGAUUGACAUCUCCAAGUAUAGGGGGACGUGCCAAGACUUGGGCACUGGGGCUCAAGUUGCACGACCCAUAUGCGUUUGGGUCGUUAGAAGUCUUCAAGUCGCGGCUCAGACAAACGUUUGA